UGGAUGUGGUGAAGUUUAACACGAUAAUCAAUCAAAAGUCUUCCUCUUUCGCAUUUCUCUCUUCCUCUCGUCGCCGUCGCGAUCCGCCACGAUUCAGCUCCGAUUACCGGCGAUUGAGUUCUGAUUCCGUUAAAGCCCCCAUUUCGUUUCUCGUUCUUCGCUCUCAGCUUCUCUAAUUCGAGACCCUGAUCUCGCCUAUCAUCUCCGAUUACCGGCGAUUGCCGCCUUCAUCCGAAAUUCGAAGACUUGGGUCCUGCAAGGAUACUUACUCCGACGAAGAAGAUCGACGAAAGAUUCAAUUUUGUGGUCUCGGAUUUGUUCGAUGGACGCGAUUAGGGUUUGCGCGGAGGUUCCCGGAUCUUCGAAACCGACCCUCACGGAGUCUACCUCUCGCACGGAGACCAUCAACGGCUCGCACGAGUUCAAAAUCAGCGGCUACUCUCUCGCCAAAGGGAUGGGGAUAGGCAAAUACGUGGCCUCGGAUACCUUCACUGUCGGUGGAUACUCGUGGGCGGUCUACUUUUAUCCAGACGGGAAGAGUCCAGAGGAUAACUCUCUCUACGUGUCUCUCUUUAUAGCCCUCGCUAGCGAAGGAGUUGACGUUAGGGCUUUGUUUGAGCUGACGCUCGUUGAUCAGAGCGGUAACGAAAGGCAUAAAGUGCAUAGCCAUUUCGGUAGGACUCUCGAGAGUGGUCCUUAUACUCUUAAGUACAGAGGAAGUAUGUGGGGUUACAAACGGUUUUUCAAGAGGACGCUGCUUGAGUCGUCGGAUUAUUUGAAGGAUGAUUGUCUCUUGGUUCGGUGUUGUGUUGGUGUGGUGAAGUCGAGCACGGAGGGGCCGAGGAGUUAUAAUAUCCCCGUGCCGGUUUCUGACUUGGGUUAUCAGUUUGGUAAGCUUUUGGAAAGUGGGAAAGGAGCUGAUGUUACUUUCCAUGUUGAUGGAGAGAGGUUUCUUGCUCACAGAGUGGUUCUCGCAGCUCGUUCUCCCGUUUUCAGGGCGCAGCUUUUUGGACCCUUGAGAAACAAAAACACCAAACGCAUUAAUAUAGAAGACAUUGAAGCCCCCAUUUUCAAGAUGUUCCUUCAUUUUAUCUACUGGGACGAAUUGCCUGAUAUGGAAUACUUAAUGGGCACAGACUUGAAAUGGGCGUCGACUCUCGUGGCUCAGCAUCUGCUCGCGGCUGCAGACUGUUAUGCUCUCGAGCGGCUUAGAACAAUCUGCGAGUCAAAACUCUGCGAAGGAAUCAGCAUUAACACGGUUGCAACCACCUUGGCUUUGGCAGAGCAGCAUCAUUGUUUCCAGCUGAAAGCUGCAUGCCUCGAAUUCAUAGCUCUGCCAGCAAAUCUGAAAGCUGUGAUGGAAACGGAUGGGUUUGAUUAUCUGAAGGAAAGCUGCCCGGGCUUACUAAGUGAGCUUCUGGAGUAUGUGGCUAGGCUGAGUGAACAUUCUUUAGCAUCGUCAUGGAAUCGGAAAGAGUUUUAUCCUGAUGGUUGUGACGUGAAUGGGAGACGCGUCAAGCAGCGGUUACACUGAGGGAGAGAGACUGAUGAUGUUGGAGCCAUUUGGUAAACAGGAUUGUAGAAGAGUCCACGGAAGAUUUGUGCAUUUUGUCAUUUGUAAAAGGAUUAGUGAUUGUUCUGCACGUGUUGUUCAGCAAGUAGAGUGAAAUGUCCGUUUUUUGUACUUUUGUUUCUUUGGCCCCCAAAAGAUUCUGUAACCAAAACCACUUCUCUCAAGGAAACGUUCUUGCAACUUAA